AUGCGCGCCUACCAACUCCUUCCCGUCUCUUUUCUCGCCCUUGCGGCCACCUUUCCUAUCGAUGUUCACGAUAGAGACACGGCAGGCGGCCACAUUCUAGCCUGCAAGGAGAACUCCUGCGGUGACUGCCCUGGGUACGGUGUUGCUGGAGACGGCUAUCCGCACUGUGUCAUCUACCCCACCGACGGCAACCUCGAUGGAUAUCCACUCGUGGCCGUCACGGGGCCAGUGUGCCAGAAGGUGACGCUUGAGUCGACCUUCAUGCUGCAGUUCUGUGAGGCGGUCGAUCACGCUGCUAUCACCCGUUCAAAGAAGCGGUCCGAGGAGGCGGUUGAAGAAUGA